GCCGACGUCGCGUCGGUCAGCCGCGCGCCAGUCGCGAGAUAUCUACUGAUACUUUUUAAAUGUAGCAGUCGUGCUGUGCAGACUUCCCAGUAUUACGUCGGCGCCUGACCACGCCGCACGGCCAGCAAUUCGCUCGGAAUCGGAUUCAGCCGAGCUGCCGAGCCAGCCAGGGUCGCGCCACGGCGGGGACGGCGGAACGGAGUAUCGAGCCGAGUCGGAGACGCAAACGGAGCCACGAGUGUUUGUGAAUGAACCGGUGAACGUUAUACGGUGAUUGACCAUAGAUCUUCUUCGACGUCUUAUCCGCCAUCUCUCGCGAUCGCGCGCGCGAGAGAGAGAGAGAGAGAGAGGAGAGGGGGAACGAUCGAUCGAAGUCGAAUCGUCGGAGCGUAACGAGCGGGCAACCGCUCGUAAUUCCGCGAGUUGACAAACGGACGACGGCAGAGAUCGCGAGAGCUCGAUAGCUGGCCCGAAGAGUGCCCGAAGAGUGCUGAAGAGGAGUGCUGCCGAAGCGACCGCAGGGAUCGUUCCCGCUGAGGCAAUGAAAUCUCGCCGCGCGAGAUGACGCUUACGUAACGACGCAGAGUGACUAUCGUCAUCGUUAAUCGGCCGGGAGGAAUAUGCCUGGCAACCUUGACGGACGUCGCACACGUCGAGCAGCAUGUGGAUAACGCGGACGUCGUGCCCGACGACGCCAUCGACAUCGAGCAGGUGACACCGCAAUUUCGACCGAAACAAUCGCCCACAACGACGACGAUUCACAAGCGUUCUCCUCCGCAGCGCGCGCCGUUAAUCGAAAAAGAGAGACAGAGAUAGACAGAAGAGGAGGAAUAUCUCGAGUAUAUCGAGUGUGUAUACGCCGCGAUACGAAUCACCCUCACGAUUAAACUCAUCACCCUCUCGCGAUCUUUGCACGCAGGCAACGCCAGCAGCGGCUCAUCACAUACACUUCGCGGAAAGUGCGUGCGGCGGACAAGCUAAGGCAGCAAGAAAAGAGGGAGAGAGAAAGAGAGAGAGAGAGAAGAAGAAGAAGAAGAAGAAGAAAGAGAAAAAACGCGGGGACAACAGUAAAUUGUCGUAUUCGAGAUGACGAGCCAUACCACGACGAUGGUGGUGGACUAUCUGGUGUUCAUCGGCUUCAUCGCGAUUUCUUUUGUGAUACCGCUAUGGGGGAACUUCCGGACGAAGAAAAAGGAGACUAAAGCAAACUACGUGUUCGCCACCGGCACCGUGUCAAUGGGCGCGAUGAUGCUGUCGAUCGCGCGGGGCACGCUCGGCGUCCGGUCCUUCCUCGGUUAUCCCUCGGAACUGUAUUAUCGUGGCAGCGCCAUGUGGGAGACGCUGUACGGUAUGCUGCUGGCGUAUCCCAUCGUCUGCUUCAUCUUCGUGCCCGUUUACUACAAUCUCGGCGUCACGUCGGUCUACCAAUAUCUCGACAUGAGGUUCAAGUCGAAGCUAGUGAGAUGUCUGGCGAGCUUCUCUUACGUCAUACGGAGCCUCUUGAACUUGGCGGUCACGGUAUUCACCCCGUGCGUCGCGCUCAAAGCGGUCAUAGGGCUUCCCUACUGGGCCAGCAUCGUGGGGAUCACGAUCAUUUCCGUGGCUUUCACAAUUAUGGGAGGUCUAAAGGCCGCGAUCCUGUCGGACGUUAUACAAGGCUUGGCGAUGAUCGGAGUGUCUGUGGUGAUCAUCGUGCAGGGAACGGUGAACGUGGGCGGACCCGCUAACGUCCUGAACGUUACACGCGAGCGCGGACGUCUGGAUUUCUUCAAUUUCGAUACGGAUCCUACUAUCCGAGUGACGACUCUAUCGGCGACACUGGGUCAGCUGUUCAUGAGUUUAUCCAUUUUCGGAUGUCAGCAGAACUUUGUCCAAAGAUACUGCAGCAUGUCCAGUCAGAGGAAGGUUGUCAAGACGAUGAUGGCCAACAUACCCAUCAUCUUCGUGCUGUUCUCGCUCUCGUGGGUGGUCGGAAUGGUGAUCUUCGCGAAUUACGCCGAUUGCGACCCUUUGAGCCUGGGCUACAUCAACAAGAUCGACGAGAUCGUGCCGUUCUACGUGGAGGACAAAUUCCUCAACAUGCCCGGCCUGCUCGGUCUCGUGAUGGCGACUCUCUUCAACAGCGCGUUGACGUUGGCGGUGUCGAAUCUCAAUUCCCUGGCGACAGUGACCUUCGAGGACUUUAUCAGUCACAUACCGAGACUGAGUGACCUCAAAGACACACAGCAACUGCACUUCAUCAAGGCCAUCGGCGUCAUCUACGGUAUCCUGAUAAUCUGUAUCAGCUUCUUGGUAGCCAUGCUCUCCGGCGUCAUCGAGUCAUCUAUGCUCAUGACAUCGGCGACAUCCGGGCCGCUUCUCGGUGUAUUUCUGCUCGCCAUGCUGGUGCCCUGUGCCAAUUGGAAAGGCGCCGCCGCCGGUAUGAUCUUCAGCCACGUCAUAUCAAUGUGGAUCACCUUCGGUCACUUGAGCAUCGACACCACGACUAUACUAUUGCCACUGUCGACGGAGGAUUGUCACAAUGACACUUUCUCACCGUGGGUCAGCAAUAAGCCAAUCCGGCUCGAUUACUCCACACCGAACGUCACCACCUCGACGAGCACGUACGAAAACGUCACACCCUCGCCCGCUACCGCGACCGACGAAUACCCGAACCUCCUGUAUGCUCUCUACAGCAUCACCUAUAUGUACUACGCUCUAAUCGGUAGCCUGACCACGGUGGUCGUAGGUAUCAUCGUUAGCCUGAUCACGGCCGACCCGGAAGCCGACAUGUACGAGCAGCACUUGCUACACCCGAUAGCGCGAAAGAUAGCAGACCUGUUCCCAGGUAAACAAAGGCUCUACAGCAGGAGCAGUAAUCGAAACAAAACCGAGAGCGACAUCGGCACCUCGGUGACGACCGUCUCCGGUAGCAGCGAAAAGGUGGCGCCGUUACAGGGGAUUGUGAACGAUAACGGCAAGCUACACGUCGACAGUAGCUACGUGGAAAAAUUGAACGCGCUCAAGAACGUGUCUCUCGAGGUGACCAGCGAGGUCGGCAAGAGCACGAACUUGUAACUCGCCGCUGGUCACCGCUAGUCGCCGCGAGUCUCAAUUCGAAUUAUCUCGUCCGGGUUGAUCGCGGUCACUUCGACGUUAUCGAGAAGGACGAGAAGGAGAAGGAAGAGGAAUGAAACGACAUACUAUGAUGGUGAACCUGCUCGAACUGCGGACUGAACAGUUUGCGCGUAAGCCGUCGUGUCAGAUUUUAUUAUCCCGACGAAUGCGCCGGUGACUGACGACCCGCGAGCAACGCAAUUACGUGCGCGAGCGCGAGGAAAGUUUGCCCGGUGAUUACACCGGCCGAAUCGCGCUCCUAUUCAGCUCAAAAUAACGCUCAAACCAAGGCAAUUCAAGGAGGUGCGCGGUGCAGCGCGCCGACGCCACUUCUAACUUGCAUGUGCCAAUUACAAUUCACUGCGAGAUGCAGCUGCGUAUAUAUAAUAUAUUUAUACACGCACACGCAUACGCAUACGUGUAUACAGUGUAUUUCACAUAAACCGUAAUUACAAGUGAACGCGACUCGGUAGGGAACGAUUGUCAGAUACACGCAUUUGGAUUGGGACUGACGCGUUUCAUCGCCGGCGACUAUUGCUACGUAUUCCGCCGCGUGCGUGUCCCGGAAAGUGGAAGUCGAGGGUACACACACACGCGGCCAUCGCCACCGCGAUGUUACGACGCGGGUACUGUUCGAAGGAACGGUCAUCUUAGCGGAGAGCAAUCAAAGACGCAUGUAUGCUCGUGCUCGACGUACGAGAAUACAACUCGAUCACGAAGCCCGAUGACGAUGCGGACGACGGGGCGGCGAAUUUUCUCGCCCCGCUCGGGAAUUACCGGCGCGCGCACCGCGCGAUCCCCGUCGUUCGACGGCCGACUAUCACGUAUUCUCACCUAUACUCCCUCGGUAAUCCAAUAGAGACCAAUCUCCUGCACCCUAUUGGCCCCUAUUGAUCUUACGGUUCUAAGGAUAUAUCUUAAGAAUUAGGGUAGAGACCCCCCCCCACACACAUACAUAUGUACGCAGCGACCAUCGGUAUCGAUGUACCCGACAGACGGACAGGAGAUCCGGCUUGACCACGUGUCACGAACGAAAAUAAUUCCCGUCAAUUUCCUAGGAGCGAUAUCCGACGACAGAGAACGAGAGAGAGAGAGAGAGAGAGAGAGAGAGAGAGAGAGAGAGAGCACAAUGUAAUCCGUUUAGAUGAAGGAGGAAAGCGCGAGCGUUUCGCGCUGUUUUACAACAUAAAACUCGACCACUCGAGUCGUUACACAUAAUAUCGCAAGAAAACUGUUACAUAAGUUAUUCACUGUUGAGCGAGGAUAUCUUAUCACGGUCCUACAUGCGAGGGUUCCUCUAGAAUAAUUUUUGUAGAUCUUGAAUUUGCUUCGGACAAUAUCUUGAGAAUUCUUAUGAGAAUGAGAUGUGGCUUUUGUCUGAAGCUCCAAACUCGAUUUUAAGCUUAACUUAGCGAUAAGUAGCAUCUCACAUUUUACGAAUUUGUCACACGUUCGCGUUCAGUCUGCAACGUGCGUGUGUCCAUGUAUAAAAUACAAGUCGUGUCACGUCCGAAGAGAGAGAUACUUUAGUAUUAAACUUUACUUUUAUACCUCAGAAAGCGCGAGCGGUUCUACAAACAGGACAUAUUGUCGUUGCAGUAAAUAUAUAUAAUGAGCAUAAUGCCAAUUCAGCAACUGUGAUGGUUGAAUUGAUCUGAAGAAGAGAUCGAGAAAGAGAACCUACAUAUUUAUUGUUUUAAGAAUAAAAUCCGCGGUUUUCUU